AUGGGAGGACAACGAAGUGAUUCACUGAGUGAACAAAAUUUGGUGACAAAAUUGAGUAAGAUGCUUGAAGGACUGGUUCUUCCAGAAGACUCUGGACUCAAUGAACAAUGUAUUUAUAAAGUACCUCAAACAUUGCGUGUAAGUAAUCCAAAAGCCUACACACCUCGAAUUGUUUCCAUUGGUCCUUUUCACAAAAAACGUGACUUUGGUAGAGAAGACAAAAUUUUGAAGCCAAUGGAAGAGCUUAAAUUGAAAUAUCUCAAAGGAUUUCUAAUUCGAACCAAGUUACAUUUGAAUAAUUUUAUUGUCAAACUUAAGGAGUUGGAACACAAAAUUCAAAGCUGCUAUGCAGGACCUAUUGACUUUAAUAGCGAUGAUUUCUUACAAAUGAUUCUAAUUGAUGCUUGCUUCAUAAUUGAGCAUUUUCUUAGAUUUUAUCAAGAAAAUGGUUGGAAGGAGAAGGACCCUUUGUUGCAAAAACAUUGGCUGCUAAUUGAUAUUGAGCAUGACUUGAUAUUACUAGAAAAUCAACUUCCUUUCUUUGUUCUUGAAGACAUUUACAACCUUGCUGGUAUGCAAAAUGAAUUUCCCUCUUUUCUUGAGAUUAGUUUCUACUAUUUUAGUGAAUUCAACCGACAAAACAUAAAUCCUGGAAGAGUGUGUCCAAGAGUGAGUCCGAAACACUUCACUGAUCUUCUAAGAACUUUUUUAAUACCAUCAUCAUUUGAUCUUGGGGCACCAAGAAAAUCAGCUGUAAUUAAACAUCUUUACAGUGCAAGCCAACUAUUAGAGGCAGGUAUUAAGCUCGAGGCUAGCCCAAGCAAUUGCUUAGUUGACUUAAACUAUUAUGAGGGUGUAUUGACAAUGCCAACCUUUGGUGUACACGAUGACACAGAAAUAUACUUUAGGAACAUACUGGCAUUUGAGCAUUGUCACGUUCUACAUUCACCCAUCAUUAUUCAGUACAUAAAGAUUCUAGAUUUUCUUAUCAAUACUGGAAAAGAUGUGGACAUACUAGUUGAUAAGAAAAUUAUUAUGAAUUGGAUGGGUGACGCUAAUGCAGUAGCUACAAUGGUUAACAGUCUAGGCUCAAAUGUUUUCAUGCCAUGUUUCAAUUCCAAGUAUUUCUCUCUCUGCAAUGACUUAAAUAAUUUCUAUGAAAAUCCUCUCAACAAAUACAAGGCUAUUUUUGUACAUGAGUACUUCAACACUCCUUGGAAAAUAGCAUCUACCAUUGCUGCAAUUGUGCUACUUUUGCUUACCUUGAUUCAGACUAUAUGUUCAGUCGUCCAACUAUUUUAA